GGAAGGCGUUAUCAAUCAUCGUUGGUUUACAUGGGUCAGGGACUUGGCGGAGGUACGCUUUUCGCUUCUGCUCUUUCCCUAGCGGCUUAUCCAGCUCACCUUGCAUUGGCCAAUCAUAUCCUCAUUGUCGCCACCGGUGCCGGUCUGGGACUUGCUGUGGAUUUUACAGCGGAUUGCCUCGCUAAAGAAGGAAAGAUUGUGAUUCACCGCGACGUUGUCCUUGGUGCAAAUGAUAUUUUGAAGCAUGUAUACACCUUUAUAGCGCCCUGUCACUCAAAUCACGUCGCGAAGUUGAUUCAUCAAAGGCACGAAUGGCUGGUGCUGGAGUCGCACUCAAGAAAAUUUUACACGGUGCAGAAAUCUCCCGAAAACGGUAAUGUAAUGAUGGAUGUGCGCAACUCACUACGUUCCGCGAAUGACAUAGGGCUUGUUGUCGCGGGAAGGCCAACUCUAAGUGGAGAAAUACGGCAACAUCGGAAAGAUAUGGAAUUUGACAUCCCCUUCGACGUGCCGGUUGCUUAUAUGAUUGCUUGGCUGCGCAAAGAAGACCCCCGUUGGGCAUUCUCUACUGAAAAUAGCCGCCAGUUUGUGACCAGGGCUAGAUUAGCUCUGAAUGAUUACUAAAAGGGGAAAAAAAGGUGUUGACGAAUAUUGAAUGCAGUGGUAAAGAAAAACUGCUCUUAUGAGUAUGUGGAAUGGGCUUCACAGAAUUGUAUCGAUUCGAAAAGUGUAUAGCGUAUUCCAGUUGAUGGUGUGUGCAUUGCGAUAACUCUCAA